UUCCCUUCCCUUUCCUUUCGGCCUUCACUCGCUUAUUCGCUGUCAAAUUGAGUCAGACCUUAUUAUAAGAAUAUGGUUGAUAACAAAAAUGAAGGAAAAGUUAAUGUUAGCCUGAUUCCAGUACUCCAAUUCCAAUAAUCCUAUUCCUUCCAUCUAUUGCGUAAUAACUCAAGGUUCAGGUCAGGAUAUUGUGCAAUCGUUACAAAAGAGAAAGGAAAACUAGGUGUGGGGUCCGAUGGUGAGCUUUCUAUACUCUGAGCCUUUAUAGUAACCUGCACAAACUGUACAUACUAUGGCCUCUUCACAAUCUGUUACUGUGGAUGAGAUGAGGUGAAUUGUCACAAAGAAGGAUGUAGUUGCACCAAGAAUAAUAUAUUCAGGAUGAUAGUUAUUUGCUUAAUAAUGGCUUCUGCAAUCGUAAGAAACCGCUGGUUUAACAAGUUAUGGAGGUCAUUUCCAAUGAUCCUGGGCAACAGAUCAGUGACUGGAAAAUCACAAGAUGAGUACGUCGAAUCAGUUGUCUGCAAUAUAUCUGCCAUCGGUGAAAAUGAAAUGAAGGUGUUUGACAUCGGAAGUGAUGGAAAAGUAUUAUUGGCGAAACAGAAAGGGAAGGUGUUCGCUACCGGUACACUAUGUUCCCACUACAAGGCUCCACUAGUUACAGGAGCCCUUGGCAACGGCAAAGUCCGUUGUCCUUGGCAUGGCGCUUGUUUCAAUCUAGCGACAGGUGAUAUUGAAGAUUUUCCUGGUCUUGACAGUAUUCCAUCAUAUGAGGUUAAGAUUCUUGGUGACGGUGGAGUAAAAGUAAAAGCUAAGAAGUCGGAUCUACAGGAAAACAAACGUGUCAAAGGAAUGUGUAAAUUGAAGAAUAAAACAAAGAAUUACGUGGUUAUCGGAGGAGGAGCUGCAGCUGCAAAGUGUGUAGAAACACUGAGACAAGAGGGCUGUGAUGGGCAGAUUAUAAUGAUAUGCAAAGAACCGUACAAUCCGUAUGAUCGGAUCAAGGUGUCAAAGGUUCUGGACACCGACAUAUCCAAAAUCCAACUGAGGGGUGACAAUUUUUAUAAGGACAACAACAUAGAGCUGAAGAAAGGAGUAUUGGCAACCAAACUGGAUCCCAUUCAGAAGCAAGUCCACUUGAGCAAUGGUGAAAUCGUGAAAUUUGAGAAAUUGUUCAUAGCAACUGGAUCCCAGCCAAGGAAGUUACAAAUUGACGGAGUAAACUUGGCGAACGUCCUGACUAUGAGAACUGUCGACGACGUGCAGAAUCUUGCGAAUUGUCUGGGCAAUAACAAAGACAAACAUGUGGUUAUCAGUGGAUCUUCUUUUGUUGCAAUGGAAACAGCAGCGAUGUGUCUACCGAAAGCCAAGUCGGUGACAGUGGUGAUGCGCACGCCGCUGCCUCUCCAGGUUUUCGGAGAGGCCAUCGGUGGGCGGAUCGCCGAACUCUUCAAGGAGAAGGGGGUGACCCUGGAGGCCAACAUGUCUGUCGGGAAGCUAGAAGGCUCUGGAGGUGUCGUGAGCCAUGCGGUACUCACUGAUGGACGCAGGCUGCCGGCAGAUGUGGUUAUCUUGGCAGUCGGCUCCACCUACAACACGGACUUCCUACAGGGCACCAACGUCUCGGUCAACUCUAACGGCGCUGUUCCCACGGAUGAGUACCUGGAGACAAGCUUGAAGCACAUUUUUGCUGGAGGAGACAUAGCGUUUGCACCAGUGUUCGCCAACAACAACCAGCGAGCAGCUAUCGGUCAUUGGCAACUGGCCCUGUACCAUGGCCACAUUGCAGCCAAGAAUAUGUUGGGAAAGAAAACAGAGCUGCACACUGUUCCUUUCUUCUGGACCAACCUCCUCGGCUCUGCCUUCAGAUACACGGGCUACGCUGAACAGGCAGAUGAUGUGGUGAUUGAUGGAGAUCUGAAGGCACUGCAGUUCACAGCCUACUUCUGCCAAGAGGGGGUAGUGAAGGCUGUCCUGAGUACCAACAACACCACGGCUGCCUUCGCCGAGUAUCUCAGUGUCGGUAAUCGGCUCACCAAGCAAGAGGUCCAGGCCGAUCCCAAGAAAUGGCUUGCCCAAGUGCCCAAGGGGAAAAUGAAUUAGUUGAGUAAUAUUUUGGCAGUAUUAAAGUUGCCUGAUGGUUGUAAGCUUUUGUGAUAACAGUUUAUUCACUCUUCGUUCUCUAUGUAUUUGCAAGCCAAGUGUCCUUGUGGAGUCGUCGUAUCAAUAUUUUUGGAAAUUGUUAAGGUCAUUGUUUAUUCUGCACUACUCAGGUGAAUGGGAUUGCAAAAUUGUGAGUGACAGCAUUUAAUAUUGUUUAUCUACAGUAAUUUAUUGUAUGUUUUUAUAAUUAUUAAACAAUUUAAGUUGA